AUGGAGUGGGUCAAAAAAGUUGAAGUGGAGUGUCUCAUAAGACUUUUUCACAGCUUGCUGGAAAGAGCUGAUGUAAGACUUGAUAACGCUGGACUAGAUCGUAACACAUUUCGAGCGAUCCUGCACAACUUAUUUGGAAUGACUGAUGAUAUGCUAAUGAAUAGGGUAUUUUUUGCAUUUGAUGAAGAUAAUGAUAAUUGUAUAAAUGUAAAAGAGUGGGUUAAAGGAUUAUCAGUGUUUCUUCGAGGGACUUUUGAAGAAAAGCUGAAGUUCUGUUUUGAAGUUUAUUAUUUGAACGGCGAUGGUUAUAUUUCUCGAGAGGAAAUAUUUGACAUGUUGAAGAACAGUCUAUACCAACAGUCAUCUGAAGAGACUGAUGAAGGAAUAAAAGAGUUGGUAGAUUUAACACUGAAGAAAAUGGAUUAUGACAACGAUGGCAAGAUAUCUUUCGCAGACUUUGAAAAAGCAGUGAAAGAAGACAGACUUUUGUUGGAGGUGUUUGGACAAUGUUUACCAGAAGCAAAGAUUUGUCUUGAUUUUGAAGCUCUGGCAUUCACACAUCCUGACUUCUAGUUUUUGAAUGUGAAUCACUCGACUUGUAUUAAAAUCAACAACAGAUCCUGG